CGCACACACACACACACACACACACACACACACACACACACACACACACACACACACACACACGGGGUGUUCCGAGAGGUCGAGGUGAUCCUGCUGCCUGUACGGACAGUAGCAGCUGUCAGGACUGCGGUGCGGGCGGCUGAAGAAGAGACAUUUUUUUUUUGUCAAAAACAGACGGGUUAAGGUCAGUCAGCAGGAAAAAAGCCCACGUGUCGGUCAGAUUAGAAUCGGGCCGACAGAGCGUCCCGUUACCGGCCAGCAGUGUCCGUCUCAUUGAUUUGAAGGGGAAUGAGUGCUGACACAUCCACGCAGUCAGCGAAGGCACGCGGCUCUCAGCGCGAGGAGGAGGCCAGUUGAAGAUCGGCACAGUGAUGCGUUUCAGGGACGGCGACACUUUUUGGUUCCCGCUGUGAAAGUUGUCGGCGGCAGUGUGGGGGCUGAACACCUGGACCACGGUUGGAUAAUAUGUCUCUGCUGAAGCAGCGGGGGAGAGAGCUCGAGCGCUUCGACGGACUGUCGCUCAUUUACUGAAGUUACCCGAGCUCUGGGACUACUUUCUGAUUUACGUCUCAGGAGCCCUAGAGUUUAAUCCUGACAGUCGGGACGUAGACCUGGGACUGUUUCCACUCAGGAUGAACCCCACCGUUAAGACCAGGACACUAAUGGGUCCAUACGGAGUAGACCGAGCUGUUCAUUCCAUGGAGUUUACAGACUGUGAGAACGGCCUGGGAAUUAAAGUGAUUGGUGGUGUGAAGGAGCAAACUGGAGAGGAGUUCGGAGUCUACGUCAAACGGAUUUUACCAGGUGGCCUUGCUUCAAAUGAUGGAAACCUGAUGCCAGGGGACCAGAUCUUGGAGGUGAACGGGGACAGUCUAGUAGGAGUCACAAGUGAAAGAGCUGUGGAUGUCUUGAGAGCAGCCUCAGCAACCAAUCACAUGCGCCUUCUCAUAGCCAGAGAUGAAGAAGCAAAGAAAGAAUUUGCUGAGUUGCUAGAGAAGUAUGGAUCUAAUGGCAGCACAGGAUCAACACGCAACUCUCCUAUCCAGCAAGGAGGCCGCUACCUGGAUAGCACAUCAUCUGGUUCUUCAUCUCGCUCCCAGAGUCCUUUGUUGUUGAGCCCAGCAGGCUCUCAGAACAUGUACAACAACAGUGGGUCCAUGCUGCGCUCCCUCAGUCAUCCAGGUGAAGGAGUGAUUCAGCUCAUCUCAGUGGCGCGAUCAGGCAGUUUGGGCAUCACCAUCGGAGGAGGCUCCAAUAGGCCCGACGGCCCGGCGGUCUUCAUUCAGGAAGUGCUGUCUGGUGGCGACUGUCACCGGGAUGGACGUCUGAGGCCUGGAGAUCAGCUCAUCGCCAUUAACAAGGAGUCUUUGAUAGGUGUGACUCACGAGGAGGCCAAAAGCAUGCUGAACAAAGUCAAAUUCAACCAAGACGGUGCAGUGGAGAUAGCCUUCAUUCCAGGGAAAGGACUUUUUCCAAGCAGUACAUCUCUGCACAACGGGAUCCAGCGAGCCACAGGCAACAACUACAACUCUGGUCGCUUAAAAGUCCACAUCAGAUCCCCUGAGAUCUGUACAGAGGAGCCAGCCCCUGUGUCCUCAUCUUCUCCUGACAUCUGCCCGCCAGAUAUCCAUAUUUCAGGUUCAACCAGCCAGAGGUCGCCAACGGGGACCAAACCCAAGAUAACACUGGACCCCUACAUCCGCCUCAAAUCAGACAAGUUAGACUUGGCUCUGUCCUUCCUCGGAUUGGAUGUCACAGAAGAGAAGAGGAAGAAAUUGAGGCAGAGUCUGACCACAGACCCACAAGGCACUGUGGCCUAUGGAGACUUCGUGGAGGCCACCCGGAACACCUUCCAGGAGAACCUGGAGGAACUUGGUUUAGGGGCAGGUCCCUUCAUGUUUUCCUACCAUGAAGCAGCCAGUUUGAUGGACACGUCAGCCUUCCACUCCCCCACAUAUGAGUCAGAAUGCAGCUAUAGCAGUGAGGAGAUGGAGCAGUUUCAGACAGAGGUGAAGCAGCUGCAGACCCAGAUGAAGCAGCUCAAGGUGAUGUUGAAGGACAUGGAGCACAGCAAGAAAAGCCUGGAGGAGGAGCUGCAGAAGACUUCGGAGAAAGCGUGUUUGACCGUGGAGGAGAACACCCGUCUGAAGAGCCGUCUGCAGGUGGCUGAGGCCGAGGCGGGCCAGCAGCAGGCCAGCGGUGCGGAGCAGGACUACGAGGAGGUGAUCCAGUUGCUGGAGGCUGAGAUCAGAGACCUGAAGAACCAGCUGGCCAGCAAGAGGCAAGCACGAGGAGUGGAGGCCACCAAGGAGGAGGUGCUGGAGCUGAACCGGAGGCUGACAACCAUUGACUGCCAGCUGAGGAAGUCGGAGCAGAGCAGGAAACAUCUGGAGAUCUCCAACAAGAAACUGCUGGGCUUUGCACAGAAUGUCCACAAAGUGCUGACAACACCCAGCCUGUUUGGAGGAGAAGGCGGGAGCAACAGGUCGUCUCCAGCCACCGACAGCCCCGACACUCCGUCACCACUUCCUGAUCCCGCCUUCCAGCUGGCUGUGGAGGCCAAAGAGCUGGUGGCGGGAGUCAGCACCCUCCCUGCUGACCAAGCGUCAGAGAGCGCGUUGGAGGCAGCAUCAGCCCCAGAUGUUAGCUCUCAUCAUGUGUGAGCAUCAAAGAGCCAGAGAAGACUGUGGGAGGACCCGGGCGGGCUGAAAAGGCCCAAAUGAGCAGCUGAACCCAUGAUGGACCACACAGAAGUCGGCAGACAGGACGCCGUCCAACAACCUUCUCAAAAUAACGACGCGGCCUCAGUGAAUUCAAAUCCUCAGCUCACAGCGAUAGAUCGAACACAGCAACGUUUUAAUGCCAAAGCUUGCUCGCACACAUCGAAUUAGUGUCUUCCUUUGAAAUAUUCGACCGUCUUCAUGGAGGGUUCAGCAGUGGGAUGCAUUGGACUCAGCUCUGACCCGAGGACUCCCAUCAUUUGAUGAUUCUAUAUGUACAGAAGUCUCUAUGAGAAGUGCUCUGCCAAAUAAAAAGUCUGCUGGAAUUCUCUUUUGUGUCACUGACAGCAGGUGGUGUUGGAGGAGCUGCAUGACCGAGUCCGCAACACACACGCUGCUGUAAACCUUGUUAAUAUUCCUCCCUGACCUCUUUUCUAACCCCUCCACCUUCCCACCCCCGUACACACACAUAGAUUCACUCCAUGGAUUGCAUGUAAAGGAGGUCUCGUUUGCCUGUAAAGGACAAUCCAGAGCCGGUCUGUUCUUCCUGUGUCAUAAUAACUCGCUGCCAUCUGCCUCCGUCACACUCCAUCACUUGUUUGCUCUGCCAGAGGAACCGUCGAGCAAAAAGUAGAAAAAUAAUGUCCCUUCUUCCAUCUUACUAACUCUCCUCGUGCCCUUAUUCAUUACUAAAAAGGCAAAGAAUGAAGUAUUCCGAGAUGUUGGACGUGUUUGUCACAUGCGGCUUCGUAUCACUGCAUGGUUCAUGUUGAUGUCUCCUGCAUCCAGGAGCGACUUUAAUGUUGCUGUAGCUCCUGCUGUGUAAACUUGUGUUUGGUAGUCACCGAGUCUAGGCAGACGUCAGUCGUAGGCUACAUGUGGAACAUUGGUUUUAUUUCUACGGACAGCUGCAGAUGCUUUUAAGAACACUGAAAUGUCCUGUAUCUUUGGUGUGGCCUCAUAUCUUUCUGUUACUGUUUUAUAUUAAAGGAAUAACUGAUGUCUGGA